AAUACUCAUCCAUAUACUAGCAUUGGUGAAAAAACUCAUAGGGCCCGAAUGAUUUCAUCACAUUCCUUAAAACCCUUGUCUGCUGCAACAAAACCCAAAUCCACAAAACACAGUCAUGGUCUUCGCAAACCAUGUAACGAUCGACAUUUGAAGGUGGACGGCCGGGACCGUCGAAUCAGACUCCCUCUUGGAUGUGCUGAAAGUGUCUUUGAGCUCACAAAAAGGCUUGGCCAUCGCACCUCAGGCCAAACCAUACAGUGGCUUCUGACCCAGGCUCAACCUGCCGUCGAUGCUGUCUUAGCUUCUUCUUCUUCCUCUUCUCCACCAAUUCUGCAAUGUUCUGUCAAGUCUCAACCUUCUAAUUAUGAGGUCAAUGCUGUGACAGUUUUUCCGGAAACUCAACCUUCUGCUUCUAUGGUGUCUCCCACAAUUUAUGAGGCCAAAUCUGUACCAGUUCUUCCCAAAAAUGUAGCUACGAACCCGCCCGGUGCAGUUCCAAGGUCCAGACCAUUGUUGCCACCCUUUAAGUAUGGUUUGGAGAGCUUUGGAACUGAGUUUUCAGCUGAAGAAAUUGCAGCCAUGUUCUUCUCAUCCUCAUUGGAGUCACUUUCUGACUAG